AUGGCAGGCUUCGUCCUCUUCGAAACAACAGACUCCGUAAUAGACAUCCUCUGGAACAUCGCCCUAGCCUCCUUCAUCAUCCGCCUAGCCCUGAUCUACACCCUCCUGACCCUCGCCUCGGGCCUCGCCCUCUCCCGCCUAGCGGCCCUAGCCCUGGCCAACCAAACCCACACCUCGGCUCCGCCGCUCCCCGUCCGAGCAGCGAUGCUAGUCGCCGCGACGGCGUGCGCCCGCCUCCUCGUCGCCCGCUACGAGGUGCCACGCGCGGCGGGCCUGCGCCUCGCGGCGGGCGCGGCGGCGCUCGCGCUCAUGGCCGUGACGCGCCUCGUCGCCCGCCUGGCGCUGUACGAGGUCGGAGGGGGAGAGGACUGGUUUGCGCGCGGUGGGACGGGGCCCGCGCUGGCGUCUGGGGGGAUGCUGGUUGGGUAUGCGCUCAUGCCGGUGCUGGUAAUGGUGUUUGAGAGGAGGGGGGAGGGGGGAGGGGAGGCGCGGGGGAUCAUGGGGGGAAAGGUUGAUGUUGGUGAGGGUAUUGGCCCGACUGUGAAUGCGUCGAAGGCUUGA